AUGAUAUUCACGCGAGGAGUCUCCCUGACCAACUUCGUCAUCGCCACGUCGGCGCUGGGCUUCCAGGUCUUCGUCCUCUACCCGUGGCACGAACGGCUGGACGAGGAAUUCCGCCGCCUGAAGCAGGAGCACCUCCGCGUCCUGCACCAGGGCGAGGAGGUCCGGCUCGGCGAACUCAAGGGCAUCAAUGAACAGCUCAAGAAACUCGGGCAGAAGGCGUUGGUCUUUGGGGGGGUUUGGCUGGGAGUUGAUUUUGCAUCGUCAUCAACAUCGUCGUCAUCAUUAGACCGGAGUUUUUGA